AUGGCGCUGGACAUCUGGAACACCAUCGAGGUCGAACUGCUCCCCAAUAGCGCUGGCCCUUCGGUGACUGUCUCCGGCGAGGGUGCGGGCGAGCUGCAGGCCGGGCCGGAGAAUCUCGUCUACCGUUCCAUGGAGUUCCUGUACCACGAGCUUGGUCAGACGAUGCCCCCGGUCAGCGUAAGCUGCAAGAAUGAAAUACCGCUGGCCCGGGGAUUGGGCAGCAGCGCCGCCGCCAUCUCGGGGGGACUUGCCGCAGCCAAUGCCCUGUCAGGGGGCGAGUUCAGUUCCCGGGACCUGCUGGAAAUGGCCGCCACCAUUGAGGGCCAUCCCGACAAUGUUGCCGCCGCCGUUAUGGGCGGCCUGCAGCUCGUAGUUACCGAGGAAAGCACCCUGUACACGGUGCCGGUCAGCAUUCCCGCAGAGAUUCACGCCGUGCUGUUCAUCCCUGAAGUUCGCAUUGCCACAGCCGACGCCCGAGCUGUGCUGCCUCAGCAGCUUUCGGUGCCCGACGCUGUGCACAACAUGGCCCGGGUGGCGCUGCUGGUGGCCGGCAUGGCCACCAAUCAUCCUGAAUAUCUCGAAGUGGCAACCCAGGACAAACUCCACCAGCCCUAUCGCCAGCCGCUGUUCCCGGCCAUGAAGCUGCUGAUGAAGGCCGCCCGUGAUGCCGGCGCCCUCGGCGCAUUCCUCUCCGGCAGCGGCUCAACCGUGCUGGCGCUGACCAAGGGCCGUGAGAUGACCGUUGCAUACGAGAUGGCCGAAGCCGCCCGCCAGACCGCCGUCGAAGGCACCGUCAAGGUAACCCAGCCGACCUCGCUUGGCGCGCAUCUGUUAUCGUAG